AUGGCGGCGCCGAGGCAGGGCGAGAUGCAGCGAGGGCGGCUGUCAAGGGGCUUCGCAACAGUUGUGGGACGCCGUGGCCGCCAAACGACCAUCCGGAGUGGUGUGCAUGAGGCAUCACUGCCAGGGGAAGAGGCACCGUUGCCUUGCGGCACUCUGCAUGCUGAGGCCGCACACCUGACGGCGGCAGUGCUCACCAGGCCGCUGCCUGGCGUCCGUGCCGCAGCGCCCGUGGCAAGACCUACAGUAGUGGCGGUAGGGAGUCAAGGGCCCUUUCCGUCACCUCGGCAAGGCGGCGCCAGGACAUCGCCGGUGACAGGACAUCGCCAGCGCCAGGACAUCGCCAGCGUCAGAGCAUCGCCAGCGCCAGGACAUCGCCAGCGUCAGAGCAUCGCCAGCGCCAGGACAUCGCCAGCGUCAGAGCAUCGCCAGCGCCAGGACAUCGCCAGCGCCAGGAUAUCGCCAGCGCCAGGACAUCGCCAGCGUCAGAGCAUCGCCAGCGCCAGGAUAUCCCCAGCGCCAGGACAUCGCCAGCACCAGGAGAUCGCCAGCGUCAGGGCAUCGCCAGCUAGGACAUCGCCAGCGUCAGGGCAUCGCCAGCACCAGGACAUCGUCAGUAUCAGGGCAUCGCCAGCGGCAGGCGGGAGUCGCAGCAACGUCGGCGACGCGCAACCGGUGAGGUGCGGCGGCCCCUCUCGGCACGAAGCAGUUGAGCGUUGCGGCGACGCACGUCAGGGCGCCAUGGGGUGCGGUGCGGCCACAGAAGGAGUUGUUCCCGGGGAAGGAGUCACACAGUGAAAGAAACGUGUUUCAAUCUUUCAUCUGAGCUUCGAUUGCCGCUCAAACAGCGGCGCUUUAUGUUGUGUUGCUUUUUUCCGCGGUGAAGGUCGCCCGUCACGGGAAGCCACGUGCCGGUGAGUCACGGGCGGCGCGGCCUUUGCCGGGCCGCCAAAGGCGUAGCUUCGUGCAGCAAUGUGCCGCCAGCAAUGCGGGCAUGGUGAUUUGCACGACACGGCGGCAAGGGUUGCGGCGGCGGCCGCGGCGAGGGUGGCGGUGGAGGUGGACAAGAUGGCGGUGGCGGCCGUCAGUCCCCGUGACCCCAGAUAACAUUAAGUUGGCCCUAGGGACGCCCCCGGGGGCCGUGCGGGUCCCCGGGCGCCGCGCCGCCGUGGCCUCUCUGAGCUGCCCCCCUCCGAGGUCUUGAGGGUGAAUGACGCCCGUAUUGUGAGGCUCAAGAAUAAUUGUAAACAUGAAACGAACUGGGAUCCUUUUCAGCAACGCGAGUCAUUACUUUCACCCACCCGGAGACUUUGUGAAGGUAAACAACGAGCUUCUCUACCACCGCCGUCGCCUGAAUAUUAUAAUUUCCUUAAUGGAACGCGCGCCCAAACUCCACCUACAAAACUUGGACAAAAAUUCUCUUUCUCAGUUCCCACUAUACCCUCGGAAAAUAAGUCGAGUCUCAUCUUUGGAAAACAGUUCCCCUUCUUUCUUUUCACGGAGGGAGUCCGACGCGCUCUUUCUUCCCGGGACGGCUGUGUGCUGUGUCUGUGUGCUGUGUGCUGUGCGCUGUGCUGUGCUGGGCGGAGGGGCGCCUCUCAGCCCCACGGGAAGGAGUGGGGCGCCCCACGGCCAGCACAGGGUGGGCCUGGCUGAUCACCGCCUCGUGGGCUGUUUGAUCACGGCUGCGGCGGCGGGUGUCAGCCUUCGCGGUGAGUCCCGACAGCUUCCCCUCCUGCCCCUCCUUCCCCGCCCCCCGCUUCCUUCAUUUGCUUAUGACCCCCUGCAGGCAAAAAAUACUCACUCACUCCGUCGCGGCGCAUAAUGAGAGCAUCACACAACACCUCUUUAAUAUAAAAAAGAGGCCGUGCAUACACCGCCGCGGAGAAUGUGAGCAACACCUGGCCCUCUCUCUCUCUCUCUCCCUCUCCUCUCUCUCUCUCUCUCUCUCUCUCUCUCUCUCUGAAUGACCCAGGUGUUCCGCCUCCUCCUCCGUCGGGCUCUCAGGGGCGCCCCUCUUCACCAGCCCGUCACCCUUCGGGAUCAGAUUACCCGACCCACACCACCCCUCCUCCUCCUCCUCCUCCACCACCGAUUCCUCCUCCUCUCCUUAGACUCAGC